AUGGCCUACAACACCUCGCGCGCGCGCCUCUCGCCGCCGGCUAGCCCCGCUGCCCCGCGCCCCAGGAAGCGCGGGCGCUCUCCCUCUGCAGCAGUGUGGUGCGCGUCCUCCGAUUACGUCGCUCCGUUCGAGCCCCGCCGCCGCUGGCAGAACCCCGCCUGGCAUGGCCGCGCGCCACAGACCCGGGUGCCCUCCAGGCAGUGGAUCGUCGCGGACGAGGCCUCGACCUCGGGCGGAGAUGCAUGCACUAUCAUGUCAUACAACAUCUUGGCGGAUACCCAUGCGGGGAAUCAUCCGGAACUUUACUUGCACGUCCCAUGGGACGCAAUGAGGUGGGAUUCAAGGAGAAGGCUUAUUCUCCGUGAAAUUGGGCAGUGGGACUCUGAUUUAGUGUGCCUCCAGGAGGUGGAUAAACUCCGGGGAAUCUCUGAAGACAUGCAGAAAAGAGGGUAUAAAUGUAGCUUCAAGCGGCGCACUUGGGAUGCGGAAGAUGGAUGUGCUACUUUUUGGAAAUCAGGACGGUUACGUCUGCUUGAGGAAGAUAGUAUUGAAUUUAGUGAAUUCAAUCUGUGGAAUAAUGUUGCUCAAAUACUAGUUUUCGAGCUUAGCGGAAGCCAAAAGUUUGUGCUCGGGAAUAUCCAUGUUUUGUUUAGUCCAAAGCGUGGAGAUAUAAAACUGGGUCAGAUUCGCAUGCUACUGGAGAAGGCAAAUGCUCUUGCUGAAAAAUGGGAUGGAAUUCCUAUUGUGCUUGCUGGGGAUUUUAACUGCACACCUGAUAGUGCCCUCUACAAGUUCUUGUCGACAAUGAAGCUGGACAUUUCUUUGCAUGAUAGAAGGCAGUUGUCUGGAGGACUUGAUAACUCUGAAUUUGGUUUCUACGAGCUUUCUAGAUGGAGUGCCGCAGAAGUGAGAAAUGCGACAGGAUACUCAAAUGGCAUGGUCGCUAGACAUCCAUUGAAGCUCUCUAGUUCUUAUGCCAUAUUAAAGGGGAAUUCAAGCAAUAGAGGUGAUCAUGGUGAACCUCUAGCAACUUCAUUUCACAAGAAGUUUCUUGGCACUGUUGAUUAUUUGUGGUAUACUCGUGGGCUUGAAUGCUCCAGAGUUUUGGACACACUACCAUUGAGUGCUUUGAGGAGAACGAGGGGACUUCCGACCAGGGAAAUGGGCAGUGAUCAUCUGCCCAUUGUUGCUGAAUUCGUCUUCACGGAACGGACCCAAGAUGAUUCUGAGCAAGAAGAUGAAUCCGAGGAAGAAGAUGAAUCGGAGCAAGAUGAUGAAUCGGAGCAAGAUUAUGAUUCUGCACAAAAAGCCACCACAUCAAAACACAUAUAUUUCUCAGAUAGCGACGACUAGGUUGACGCGAGUUAGUUAUUGAGUUGGUAGAAAGAUUUGAGAUGAAUGAUGACUGAGAACAGGGUGCGCGGGCCGUGAGGAACUGCCGCGCGAUGACCAUACCAGUCAUGAUUCAGAAUGAGAAAUUAUCCAGCCAACCACAUCCUUGCAUGCCGUAGAAGGUGUUCUGCCCAAGCAAGCGGGGUUUUGCUCGAGCAGGCGGUGUUGUGAUUCAUACAGCAGAGUCUAGCCAUGCUGCUGAUACGGAGCAAUUAGGUGUGGAGUUGGUGAUCUGUGUCAGAUGUUAGAUUGUGAGGUAUACAAACAUGUCGAUCCAGGACAAGAAAUGAAAAACAAAGAAUAAUUAUUCU